GGCUUUGGAUUAUCUUUGUCGCCUCCGAUAGCCAUAUUGUGUAGUCUCAUACAGACGUGACAUAACAAAUGGGUAAGGACAAGCAAAAGCCGAAGGGAGCUAUGUCCCCUUACGCACUGUUCUUGCAAUCAAUGCAUGCUGAUCAGAAAAAGAAGAAUCCUGGAGUUACCGUCGAUUUUAAGACUUUCUCAAAAGAAUGUUCUGAGCAAUGGAAGAAUCUUAGUGCGAAAGAAAAGAAGAAGUAUGAAGACCUCGCAGCAAAAGACAAAGAAAGGCAUAGAAAGGAAAUGGAGGGUUACGAGCCUUCGGCUGACGAGGGCCGAGCGAAGAAAAGGAAACGCGAUCCUAACGCUCCCAAAAAGGGCUUAUCCGCAUUUUUCCUUUUCUGCAACGAUGAGCGUCCCAAGGUGAAGUCGGAGCACCCUGACUGGAAAGUCAGCGAGGUUGCAAAAGAACUAGGCAAGCGAUGGGAACACUGCAAAAAUAAGGCCAAGUACGAAAGUCAGGCGCAAGUUGAGAAGCAGCGCUACGAGAAGGCUAUGGCAAAGUAUAACGCAGGGAAGAAGGCCAAGACUGAUUCUGAUUGAUUACUUAUUUGAUGUAUUCUCCCUAACCACAUGUGUAUACCACUUCAGAGGGCGUAUUUUCACUGUUCCGAGAUGUCCGUUUUUAGACCCCUGUACUGGGCCGUCUUGCAUUUUGUCCCAUGGAUGAUGUAAUCCUUUUGUACGGAAUACACUUUUAUAUCGUUC